CCGCCGCUCGCCCGCCAGCCGCCCUCGGGAGCCGCCCCCACCCGCCCCUCUCGCGUCCUCCGUCGCUCCUGCGCAGGGGAAACAUGGCGGCGGGAAGGGAGUGAGCGGUCCGUGCGGCCCCGCGCCCGCAGAUUUCUCCAUCUUACUAAAGGAAACACGAUUCCCUAUUUGGUAUAGCUGAUGGUACCAUGCAAAAAUAAGAUCCUCGAAAAGAGGAAUAUUACCAUCUCAUCACACUCAUCUAUGAAUGGAGCAAAAUAAAUGGAAAGCUGCAGGCAGAGGAUCAGAUGGAGAAAUUAACAUACAGAGAAACUGACUUGUCAGAGGUCAGAGCAAGGUAUUGGUGGAUCCAGGGAUAAAUCCCAACUUCUUAACACCUUGUCCAGUUUUUCAUUGACUAUGCAGCCUAGUGAAAUAGACUGGAAUGAUGUUAGAAAACACAAAUAUGGUCAUCUGUUGGAGUCUGCAUCCCAAUAUCAAGAAGCUACUGACAUCCUGGAGUUAGCAUCUAGUGCUUUUUGCAUGGCCCAAAGGGGCCCUGUGCUGCUCCACUGCAGAGGAAACUUCAAGAAAUGCUGGUUUGCUACAGUGUUUUAGCUUGUGAGAAUCUCUGGGACCUUCUCUGCUCCAUCAUGGGGUCUCCUCUAGGUCAUUUUACCUGGGACAAAUACCUAAAAGAAACAUGUUCAGUCCCAGCGCCUGUCCAUUGCUUCAAGCAGUCCUACACACCUCCAAGCAACGAGUUCAAGAUCAGCAUGAAAUUAGAGGCACAGGAUCCCAGGAACACCACAUCUACCUGUAUUGCUACAGUAGUGGGACUAACAGGAGCUCGCCUCCGCCUUCGCCUUGAUGGCAGCGACAACAAGAAUGACUUCUGGCGGCUGGUUGACUCAACUGAAAUCCAGCCUAUUGGGAACUGUGAGAAGAAUGGGGGUAUGCUGCAGCCCCCUCUGGGAUUUCGGUUGAAUGCCUCCUCUUGGCCCAUGUUCCUUUUGAAGACACUAAAUGGAGCUGAAAUGGCUCCCAUCAGGAUUUUCCACAAGGAACCACCAUCGCCUUCCCACAACUUCUUCAAAAUGGGAAUGAAGCUAGAAGCUGUGGACAGGAAGAACCCUCAUUUCAUUUGCCCAGCCACUAUAGGGGAGGUGCGGGGCUCAGAGGUGCUUGUCACUUUUGAUGGGUGGCGAGGGGCCUUUGACUACUGGUGCCGCUUCGACUCCCGGGACAUCUUCCCUGUAGGCUGGUGUUCCUUGACUGGAGACAACCUACAGCCUCCUGGCACUAAAGUUGUGAUUCCAAAGAGUCCCUAUCCUGCAUCUGAUGUGAACACUGAGAAGCCCAGCAUUCACAGCAGCACCAAAACUGACUUGGAUCAUCAGCCAGGGCAGAGGGGGCGUAAAUCAGGAAAGAAGCGGGGCCGGACACCCAAGCCCCUAAUUCCCCAUCCCAUCGCUACCCCAUCCAAGGCAGCUGAACCAUUGAAAUUCCCAAAGAAGAGGGGCCCCAAACCUGGCAGUAAGAGAAAACCUCGGACUUUGCUGAAUCCACCACCCACCUCACCAACAACCAGCACCCCUGAACCGGACACCAGCACUGUACCCCAAGAUGCUGCAACCAUCCCCAGCUCAGCCAUGCAGGCCCCCACAGUUUGUAUUUAUUUAAACAAGAACGGCAGCACAGGCCCCCACUUAGAUAAGAAGAAGGUCCAGCAGCUGCCUGACCAUUUUGGGCCAGCCCGUGCCUCUGUGGUGCUGCAGCAGGCUGUCCAGGCUUGCAUUGACUGUGCUUAUCACCAGAAAACUGUCUUCAGCUUCCUCAAGCAGGGCCACGGUGGUGAGAUUAUCUCAGCCGUGUUUGAUCGAGAACAGCACACCCUCAACCUCCCAGCAGUCAACAGCAUCACCUACGUUCUCCGCUUCCUGGAGAAACUCUGCCACAACCUUCGCAGUGACAAUCUGUUUGGCAACCAGCCUUUUACACAGACUCAUUUGUCACUCACCAACACAGAGUACGGCCACAGCCACGACAGGUACCUACCAGGUGAAACCUUUGUACUAGGGAAUAGUCUGGCCCGGUCCUUGGAGCCACACUCAGACUCAAUGGACUCCACCUUGAAACCCACCAACCUUGUCAGCACUUCCCAAAAUCUUCGAACCUCUGGGUACCGGCCUUUGCUUCCAUCCUGUGGCCUCUCACUGAGUGCUGCCUCAGCUAUGCGUAGACUGUGCGCGAGGGGAGUGUUAAAAGGAUCUGAUGGAAGCAGGGAUAUGGGAUCGUUUUGGAAACUAACUCAUUCCCCAGACCCCAAGAAUUGUGUUCUGCUCUUGCCCAGUUCCCAAGGUCUCUCCAGUAAUGGUCACCAGAACCACAGCAAAAGCAGUUUUACCCACCAGCCCCACACCGAACUAAGAUCAGACCGAUACCUGGAAAGCCGGGAUGCCUCUCGAAUGAGUGCCCGGGACCCAUCCUCAUGGACAGUCGAGGAUGUGAUGCAGUUUGUUCGGGAAGCUGAUCCUCAGCUUGGGCCCCACGCCGACCUUUUUCGUAAACACGAGAUCGACGGCAAGGCCCUGCUCCUGCUGCGCAGCGACGUGAUGAUGAAGUACAUGGGGCUGAAGCUGGGGCCCGCGCUCAAGCUCUCCUACCACAUUGACCGGCUGAAGCAGGGCAAGUUCUGAGCAGAGGACGCGGCCGACAGCUGAGGGGUGGAGCAGACAGGGCAGCAUUCUCCGGCCAGCAGCCGGCUCCCGGCGGUUGGUGGCACUUGGCGCACCUCAGGAUUGCAGGAGGCUUGCGGAGCCCCCACUGCUGCCCUCCAUGUCCUUCCGUGAAGGGCUGAGGAGGGGAGUGUUGGGCCCAGGGCUGACGCUGCUCUUCCCCUCAGGCCUGCCUCUGUUCUGAGGCCCCUCUAUUUAUUUCCCAGGUCCGGCCGGCCUCAGAAGUUUAGACUGACCACCUGCCAUGUGAUGGCAAGGGGUAGACCCCUGAGGCCUCAGAAGAUGGGGCCCUGAACUGACACUCGUGCCCAGUCCCUUACCACCUGCUGGGCCUGGUGUGGCACCCACUGCCCCACAUUUCCUGCCUUCUACAAAAUACCCAGAUUCCAAACUCAUGGUGCAAACCUCUACCUUUUUUAAAAAAAAUAUAUCAUUUUGUAUUGUUAUUUAUUGUUUCUGGCACUUGGGCAAGCCCUUCAGUUCCUACUCCUCACUCCAAACAUGGGGUUUCAGGAGGAGCAAGACUACCCUGCCCGGGUCCCAGAGAGGUGUGGCCCCUUCACAGAGGACAUUCCCUCAGGGACUUUCUCUUUGGGACAGACAGACCCAUAAAGCCUUGACCACAUCACUCAGUGUUGGGAGGAGAGGAUCCCUGUCAGCUUCCCCUCUCUAUCUUUCUGGGCCCUUCGCCCAGCCUCACCCAUGGGGGUGGGAGUCCCUGCCCACACUGACCCAGCACAGCUCCUUGCCCUGGCCAGAACUGCUCCCACAGAAGGUCGGGCCAAUGAUUUUAGGCCGAGAAGCCCCUAGGGUGGUAGGAGGAAAGGGUCUCCAGGCUGGAGUCUGGCGGCACCCACUCCGCUGUCCACACGCUUCCUUCGCAACCGGUCAGCACAGCUGCCCUGCUGCCAUCUGGACUUAUUUUAUGUUGACUUGUUUAUAAAUAAAAAGCAAUAUAGA